GGUGGAUGGAAGACAUUGAUCCGAAGCGGGAAUAGUAUUGGGCCUGCGAGCUGUGUAAUCCAUUCCCCCAAAAGAAUAAUAAUUAAUUAUCGAUGGUCGAUGGGCGGUGUUGUUUUGGUGUUGAGUUCUAUUCAGUAUUCAGGAUUUGUAGCGAACACCAAAUACCCUGAAAAUCCUCUGCUCAAUCGAUCUGAUCCCGUGGGUGGGUUACAACUUGGAAGCAAAAAUGGCGGCUUUCAUAUAUCAGCUUUUCACCUUCUCCUCACUAUUCUUACUGGGUCUUUACCAUCUCAUCUGCACCACCCGCAACUUCCUCAAAUCCCCGCAAUCGUUCUCCGCCAAGCUCUUUCAUCCCUUCCCUCCUCUCUUCAUUUCUCCUUCCUCCUCCUCCAACAAUUCCACUAAUCAUCAUCCUCGCCUUAAGCACCUGCAACUCUACCUCAUUCUUGUCUGCCUCCUCAUCUCCAUCGCCCACCAAAUCUUUGUCUCCUCUGACUCUGACCCCCUCAUUAAAGGCAGCACUCCCGUCCAUCGCUUUUCCUCCCUUCUCUCCGCUGCUGUCCUCUUCCUCUUCUUCCUCCUUGCGUUGGCUCUCCUCCUCUCCGAAUCUACUCCCUUCCUUCCCCUUCCUCACGAUCUCUUCUUUGCCCUAGCUUCUGCUUCCUUCUUCCUUCACUAUUCAUCCUCCGCUUCCGCUGCCUCCUUCCAGACCUCCCUUCUCCAGGCCAAGUGUGAUUCUCUCUCAGCACGCAUCUCCGCUCUCACCUCCCUCCUCUGCCUCAUCCUCGCGUUUCGCCCCAAGCUCUUCGUCGCCGAUGCCGCCCUUGCUCUUUCCAUCUGCUUGCACGGCCUCUGGGAGCUCCAAACCGGCCUCUCUCUUUACGUCGACGCCUUCAUCCCCGAAGGUUGCCACCGUCUGCUCGAUGUCGUCAGCGGCGUUGAGAGCUCCACCAAGUGCGAUCCGGAAGUGUCCGGGUUGAGGGCUGUCGCCAUCUUGGAUCUCCUCUUUCUCCUCCAUGUACUGUUCCUGGCCCUCAUCCUCUUCCUUACCUAUGCCUUUGUUGCUAGGUGUGUCGGGAUGAAGAGAUUGGGAUCGUACGAGGCUUUGCCUACCAAUGCUACCGAUACUAAUCACAUCCAGAUGAAGGCAUUGACCGGCACUCAGUCCUGAUCCCUCCCUUACUGGGAAUCUAUAACUUCUUUUAGCAGGCAGUCUGCAGCAAUGUUGCAAAGUAGAAAGACAAGUAUCUCAUAUGAAAAAAAGCCACAAAAUCAUAGAGGCAUUUGAAAUUGCUUGCUCUAGCAACUUUGAAACUGAGACCUAUUCACAAAGCCAUGAAAUUUUUACUUUUCUUUUUCUUUUAUUGAGGAAAAGAAACACUAAAAUUUCUAAAUACGUGUUUGAAACAUGAAAUUUAAUAUGUUGCACUUGUAGAAACGUGCUAGUGUUACCAAAUGCCACUAAUGAGUGCGUGAUGAGACCCAUAUGAAAAUUUUCAUAUCAAAUAGAGAGAAUACAAGUAGUAUAAAGAACUGAU